AUGAAGCGAACCAAAAGGUCAACAAAGAAGAGAGUUGUAAAGGUUAAUAUUCCCCCUUCAAACUCAACUUCCAUUACUCAACCUCAUCUCACUCCACCCUUAUUUCAGCCUCAACUCACUCAACCUCAACCACUACCCAUUCCACUUCUAUUUCAACCUCAACCACAACCCAUUCCAUCCAUAUUUCAACCUCAACCCUUUACACCUUCAUUUCAACCACAAUCCAACCAACUUAUUCAUCCUCAACCCCAAUCAAGACCCAAAUCCACCCAAUCUCAUCCUCCAAUAUCUCAACCCCCACCCAUAUAUCGAUCUCGUCCUCAAUCCACUAAAUCUUACCCUCCACCACCGCAAUCUCAAGCUCAACCUCGAUUACGAUCCAAAUCCAAGCAAUCUCACCCUCCACCACUUCAAGCUCAACCUCAAACUCGAUCUUCAUCUAGUCAUAUUAGUGGUGAAGAAAAUAUAUCAAAAAUUCCAAUACUCCCAAAAGGGGAUGGGUUUGAUCAACACAAACUAGUAAUUUCAACAAUUGCUAGCAUCUUACGUUCUAGCUUGGAAGAGGGAAAACCGUCAUGGAAAAAGUUAAGUAAAGAUAAGAUAAAUGAUUUGUUCGACUUAUUUAAGUUGGCUUCUGUUCAGUUUGAGGUGUCUGUUCCAAUUCUUAGAUGUAUACCAAUUAUCAAAUUGGAUUGUGAUAGACAGGGAGAUACUUGUUGA